AUGAGUGGGGCCAGUAACACCUUGGCUCGUGAGUUCCUGACAGACGUACACCAGCUGUGCAGUGCAGUGGCCCAACGGGUGGAAACUCGGGAGGAUGAGGAGGAGGAGAGUCACAUGGUGGCACUGGGAGAGUACCUUGUCAGAGGCCGGGGCUUCCUGCUCCUCAGUACCCUGGACUCUGUCAUCGACCAGGAGCUGACCUGUCGGGAAGAGCUACUCACCUUACUCUUGUCACUGCUGCCACUGGUGUGGAAGAUCCCUGUGCAGGAGGAGAAAGCUCCGGAUUUCACCCUGCCUUCCCUACUAGAGGUGUUCCUUUGCCGAGAAGGAAGAACUGUUCCUUUGAAAGUUGGGCAAGAAAAGGCUUUUGCCGAUGCACAGAGCACCGGGAAACGUCUGUCUGGGAACUGGAAGUCACGGCGAGCACGAAGAACCGCACAGAGAUACUCCGUAAGAGAUGCACGGAAGUCGCAGCUCUCGACCUCAGACUCAGAAGCAAAUUCAGAUGACAAGACUACAGGCACAGUGUCGAAGUACCGCCGAUCACAUGGUUCAACCAUCCGUGUGAGUUGCCAACAUCAUCAGUCAGACAUUCCACAAAAACAGCAGUAUCCCACUCCUGAAACCAUGGCCACCCUGGACUGCUCCCAGCAUCAUAUGAGGCUUUUUAGUUCACAAAUGCUGGAUGCUGAAACACUAACGGACCCAACAGCUAUGUCCAUCUUUAAUCGCAUGGAAAACUCCCCCUUUGACCUCUGUCAUGUUCUUCUAUCCCUUCUCGAGAAAGUCUGCAAAUUUGACAUGACCAUCAAUCAUAACCCAGGUUUAGCUGUCAGUGUUGUGCCCACGCUAACAGAGAUCCUUACAGAGUUUGGAGACUGUUGUGGACCAGGAGGUGGAGGAGGUGGCGGAGGGGUAGAUGAUUUGGCUGGCGGUUGGACCGAGGAGCCCAUUGCACUUGUCCAAAGGAUGCUUUUGCGAACCAUUCUUCACCUCAUGUUUGUGGAUGUGGGCCAGAGUGAAUCGCUACCUGACAAUUUGCGUCGCAGCCUAACUGAUCUGCUGAGAGCCACGCUGAAGAUCCGCACCUGUCUGGAGAGACAAGCCGAUCCAUUUGCCCCGCGGCCCAAAAAGACCUUACAAGAAGUCCAAGAUGAUUUCUCCUUCUCUAGGUACCGCCACAGAGCUCUUCUUCUGCCAGAGCUCCUUGAGGGGGUCCUACAGCUUCUACUGCGCUGUUUACAGGCCUCUGCACCAAAUCCUUUCUUCUUCAGUCAGGCUCUUGAACUUGUCCAUGAAUUUGUGCAGCAUCGGGGCCUGGAGCUAUUUGAGACUACUGCGGUGCGUCUUGAGAGCCUAAGUUCAACUCGGGACUCUGACGUGUGCAGUGAGGCUUCAGAGCGACUACGUGGUCUCAUAGCUGGUGUAGUCAAGAUAAUCAGUGCAAUCAAAAAGGCCAAGUCAGAGCAACUACACCAGUCCGUGUGUGCAAGACGACGACACCGCCGCUGCGAGUACUCCCAUUUCCUGCAUCAUCAUCGCGAUCUCUCAGGACUUCCGGUCUCUGCUUUCAAGCAAGCUGCCCACCGUAACCCCUUUGAAGAGGAAGGAGAAAGCAGUGAAGCUGAGAUUCGCUACCCGGAACGUUGCUGCUGCCUGGCAGCUUGUGCUCACCAGUGUCUGCGGCUUCUCCAGCGACUCUCCCCAUCGGGUCCUGCAGUGCUGCAAGUGCUGGCUGGAAUGCAGGCUGUGGGAAUCUGCUGUUGCAUGGACCCACGUUCUGUGGUGGGUCCUUUGCUACAAGCAUUUCAAGCUCCAGGCCUUCGCAGCUAUCAGUCCCAUGUGCUUAAUGUCCUUACUAGGCUUUUGUUGGAGCAGCUUGGUGGGGGACAGCCAUCAGAGAAGGCCAAACUUGCCUCUUGCAAUAUUUGCACUCUGGAUAGUAGCCAGCUCCCUAGCCUGGAGGAAACCCUGCAUGGGGGCUCUGUGCUAGGGAAAGAAGCAGCUUCAUCUACUUCUCCCUCAUACCGAUCCCAGGGUAUCCUGCCCAGUGGAGGAGCUGAGGAUAUGCUUUGGAAAUGGGAUGCUUUGGAGGCCUACCAAGCGUUGGUGUUUGGUGAGGAUUGGCAACUGUGUCAGCAGAUUGCAAGCCACAUAUGCCAGCUGACUCUACGGGGAAAUGCGGUAGUGCAGUGGCAGCUUUAUACUCAUAUCUUUAACCCAGUGCUUCAGAGAGGUGUGGAGCUGGCUCACCAUGCCCAACAACUGGGCGUGUCCACUGCCUGUACCCAGGUCUGCAAUUACCAUACCCAGUGCCUCCCCAUAGAGGUGCUGCUAGUCUACCUUCAAACAUUACCAGCCUUGCUGAGGUCAAGGGUGGUGCGUGAUCUGUUCCUGAGCUGUAAUGGGCUGAACCAGGUCACUGAGCUGAUCUACCUGGACUCCACUCGCCCGUGGGCACUGAAGGUGUUUGAAACAUUGAUUUUAAGUGCUUGGGACCAACAGGUGGACUCUUCCCCUCAGGAGCUUGAGAGUGCUGAGGCCCAAGAGAGAGAUGCUGUUCUCGGGCUUGCUGAGGAACUAGGCUCCUGUGGUGCUAGUGAUGGACCACAAAGUCUCAGCAAAUUCUAUGAGGGUCUGAGAGAAGCCUGCCCCCGCCAGAGGAGUAAGAGUGGGCCAGGGGCAGGCGUAGGGCGUAACCGUGGAGAAGCACAUCUGAAUACCAUUAAUCUCUUCCUAUGUGUGGCUUUCCUCUGUGUGAGCAAGGAGGCAGACUCAGACCGUGAUUCUGCUAAUGAUUCGGAGGACACCUCAGGAUAUGACAGCACAGCCAGUGAACCACUUGGCAGUAGGUUACCUUGCCUCUCACCCGACAGUGUGGCACUGCCCUCUAAGGAACAGGUGAGGCGUGCAGCAGAUGUGUGGUCUGUGUGUCGCUGGGUGUAUUUGGCCAGCCCAGUUUUUCAGAGGCAGUUCUUUAGAUUGGGUGGCUUGGAUGUUUGCUCCCGCCUUAUGGCCAUGGUCAUCCAGAAGCUUACCUCCAAGACUAAGGACAAUAAGACGAAGAAAAAGAAAGAGGGCAAAGGCAAGAACAGUCCAUCUCAUCCUGACUCACCUGCUCCAGCUGCGACCCCUGUGCAAGCUGACCUUGUGUCCACAGCCCUAGGGACAGAAGAGGCUCCACUGCAGGAUGUGAACGACUCAGCGAGCCCCAUUCAGGUGGAGGGUAAGAGCAGAGACCCAGCCAAGAAACUGGAGGAAGAGUGGCCCCUUCAAAGUAUUCGGCUAUUGGAGGCACUUCUGGCCAUUUGCCUGCACAGUGCAAAUUCAGCUCUGCAACGUAUGGAGCCUGACUUUUCUUUCCAGCUUCAGUCGGUAGAGGAAACACUCUGUGAAGUGAGAGAUCAGCUAUCUCGCUCUGGUGUGGUGAACUCAGAACUGGCAGUACCUUUGUUUGAUUCUCUGUUGCGAGUCGCUCUUGCUGAAGUUUGCUGUAGCCCUGAUACCCUUGAAGAGAAACCUGAACGGAAGUCCCAGGUGGGGAGUGAAGUGUCGGCCAUAGCAGGUGACCUGUCAGAGGAUGCUGAUGAGGGUCGGGUGGCUGACGUCCAUCCCCUUGGAGAGGAGGAGGGCUACGACGCAGACAGUGAGAGCAACCCAGAGGACUCAGCACGCCAAGAGGAAGGUGUGAAGGUGGAGGCUGCCCCUCUAGGGGAAUGUACAUUUGGGCCUCUGGGGAUGGCAGAAAGCCCAGGCCAAGGGCGGCUGCUCUUCCCAGAGAUCUGCACCAUGGAGCUGCAGCUGCUGGCUGCUGGCUCCCCCGACGUGGAGGUAUUGAGCCAUGUGCUCCAGAGUCUAUUAGGAGCAGUCCGCAGCAACCCCUGCAACGCAGCGCUACUCUACGAUCAGGGUGGUGUGAAGAGCAUUCUUACUGGCUUCCAGAAUAUUCUGAGCCAAUCGGAUUCCUGCUACAGAGAAUGCCAGACUGUCCUGAUGGAACUGCUGGUUGCCAUGGUGAGUGAAAGGAUCACAGCAGAGGAACUGGCCCUCCUCAUACGACUCUUCCUAGAGAAAAGUCCUCCGACUGAGGUCUUGCUGCAGGGCAUCCUCAAGAUUGUGGAGGCCAAUAUGGACGUGGAACCUUUGCACUUCUUGUCCUUUCCCAUGAUUCUUGGGCCCUCUGCUCCCGGCGGAGGGUCUCCGGGGCCGAGGCCGAACGGCAUGGCAGGGGGCAGAGGGGUUGGCAUGCUGUGGAGGGGUAAGCUGUCGCCAGGUCGGGGUGACGGAGAGAGCCAACCAGGACAUUUACGUACCUCCCCCUGGCAUAUCGCACCCCUUCAUCUGCCCUUGGUGGGGCAGAACUGCUGGCCACAUAUGGCAAGCGGCUUCAGCGCCUCCCUCUGGAUCAGAGCACAUAGGAGUGAGGAUGAGAAGGGCCCAGCGGAGAGAGGUAAGAGGGGAAGUGACAGUUUAUGACUGCACACGUCUUAAAAGAUUGCACAGACCUCAGAGUCCCAGCAUGGAGUGUCUCAGGUCAGAGAACAUUUGGUGGAGGAGGGCCUUGUUCAUAUUCUAUCCAUGGGUUCCAAAGCCCUGAUGCUGCAAGUGUGGGCAGACCUGACCACUGGGAGCUUCACUUUCAGGAUUUGCAUUGAUCCUAACGACGAGAUGAAGGCUGGUCUGCUGGCCCAGGCAGAGUCAGGAGAGGGCAUGUUCACACCAGGCAAAUGGCAACACCUUGGUCUCACUUAUACCCAACAACCUGAGGGCAAAAAGAACAUCCACGGACACUUGGCUCUCUGGGUGUGUGGGGUUAGAAAGUGUGAGUUAUCUCUGGACUACACGAUCCCUAGGAAGUCCAGCCUGUCGACUGACAGUAAUAAGACCUUCUGCAUGCUGGGCCACUGCCUACAUGGCACAGACGAACCGCCCCGACACAGUGCACGCUGGGAUAUGGGCACCCUGCUGCUCUUUAAUGGCUCCAGAAUCAGCACAGAGGAGGCCUUCUACCUGUACGCCAACGGCCCAGACCUCACUUCCAUAAUGCCCUGCAAGUACGGCAAACCCAGAGGAGCAUUCUCAAAGUACGUGACCCAGGAGGGUCUGCACUGUGAGCAGAUACGAGAACUGCUGAUGAAAAACACUGAGGUGGACACAACAAAUCUUAUCGAAAGCCUGGCAGUUGUCUAUGCGCCCAGAAGUCCGGCGACAUAUACCAUCUAUGAGCCUGUGAUCCGUCUGAAGGGCCAGACCAAGACUGUAGUGUCUCAAAGACCCUUCAGUGCCAAAGAUGUCCAGAGCUCUGUCUUAGAUCCACACGCUCUGCGGAUCCUCCAGGCCUCCCAGCCACAGGGUCUCCAGAGCGUCCUGCAUAAGAUCGGCGGCACAGGGGCCGUUGUCUUCCUGUUUGCCAGGGCUGUCGAGCUCAGUGAUUGUGAGAAGACCCAGGCUCUGGCACUGCAGGUGCUGCUUUCUCUGGUGAAGUUCAAUCAGCAACGCACUAAUGAGAUGGAGUGUUACCACGGAUACUCUAUGAUCCACCAGGUCCUCAUCAAAUCGAAAUGCAUUGUGGGAUAUCACAUACUCAAGACUCUGCUGGACGGCUGUUGCAGCGGGCCCAUCCUGACCUGCGGGGAUGAUGGUCAGUUCCGUCUGGAUGCAGAGUCCACUGCUGUGGUUCAGGACCUCAGACUUCUCUCAGAGAUUCUGUUAGACUGGAAGAUUUGGGCCAAAGCUCAGUGUGGGGUGUGGGAGACCCUGCUGGCUGCCUUGGAGGUGCUUAUCCGAGUACACCAUCCACAGCAGAUGUUUAAUAUCCGUCAGCUCCUUAAAGCCCAGGUGGUCCACCGCUUCCUGUUGACCUGCCAGGUACUUCAGGAACAUCGAGAUGAACAUCUGACCUCCAUCCCACAGGAAGUCUGCUUGUCCUUUGUCAAAAUCAUACAGGAAGUCCUGGGAUCACCUCCUGACAUGGACCUGCUUCGCCUCAUCUACAACUUCCUGCUGGCUGUGCAUCCACCCACAAACACUUAUGUUUGUCACACCCCCACCAGUUUCUACUUCUCCCUUCACAUUGAUGGUAAACUGUACCAGGAGAAGGUUCAGUCGCUGAUGUAUCUCAGACACUCUAGCAGUGGUGGCAAGUCUGCCUGUAGCUCUGUGGUCUCCCUAUCCCCUACCGUCUUCACUGAGGCGCCCCAUGAAGCACACCUGGCCCCCUCCCCAGAACACGGUGGCGAGGAGAACACUCUGCGACCUCCUAGCACGGGCCCCUCACCUUACACCUCUCCUACACUGACGUCUCGUCUGGGCCACGGGGAUCCAGCCGGGAACUCUGAGGCAGAGGAAGGGGCUUCCCUGGCCAAUCAGCAGGGACUUGGCAGCACCGAGACCCUGAAACGGGCCGGCGAGGAGCCGCUACUCAGCAGCUGCGAGUCAGCCAAGACCAUCUGCGACUCCCAGGACAUACCGGAGGAGGGCGGAGGUCCUCGUACUCCCUCCAUCAGCAUAGAGGAGGAGCGCGAGGAGGUGGAAUACAGCCCGGUGGACGGCAGCGUGAGCGCCGAGUCGGAAGAUCGUUUCGACUGGGCAAGCGAGGAGGCCCCACGUCGCCCCGACAGUCUGAAGGGCAUCCAGCCCUUUCAGAGAAGCCAGAGUAACUUGGCCAGUCUGGGUCUGGCCUUCCCAGCACAGAAUGGGUCACUGGCUAUGGCUCGCUGGCCCAGCGUAGCUGACCGGGCCCCCAUGCCUGACGACUGGGAGAGCUACACCUACUCACCAGGGUAUGACCGAGCUUCCAGCAAAGCAGAGUGCUCCAAUGACAGUACGGAGGACUGCCUGGUUCUGAUCUGUUGUGGGUUGUAUGAGCUGCUGCGAGGAGUUCUGCUCCUGAUGCCAGACCUCAUGUUAGAGGAGGUGAUGGACAAACUCAUUCAGCCAGAAGCCCUUAUCGUUCUGGUCAACCACCCCUCUCCUCUCAUACAACAAGGGGUCAUGAAGCUCCUGGAUGCCUACUUCAGCCGAGCUGUAAAGGAACAGAAGGAGAAGUUUCUAAAGAACCAUGGCUUUUCUCUCCUGGCCAACCAGCUGUACCUGCACCAGGGCACUCUGGGCCUGCUGGAGUGUUUCCUGGAGAUGCUGUUUGGUCGACCUGUGGGACUGGAGGAAGAUCUGGACCUAGAGGAUAUGGAGAACAUUUCACCGUUUAGGAAGCGCUGCAUCAUUCCAGUGCUUGGUCUCAUAGAGAACUCAUUGUAUGAGAACUCCUUAGUACACAAUGCACUGUGUGUACUGCUCCAGCUUCUCAAUGCCUGCCCCAAGUUAGCAGACAUACUGCUGGACCACGGCCUGCUCUAUGUCCUGUUCAACACGCUGUCCACCCUCAACGGACUGGAGAACGGGAUCCCCCCAAACGAUUACAAACUGCUGGUGUGUGAUGUACAGCAGCUGUUGGUUGCUGUGACCAUCCACUCCUGCAGCUCCUCAGGCUCGCAGUAUUUCCGCAUCAUCGAGGACCUCAUCACUCUACUGGGCUACAUGCAAACCAGCAAAGUCCGCCGCACGCAGGAGAUGGCUGUAGUCCUGCAGUUCCGUGUGCUCCAGUCAGCAAUAGAUUUCAUCAAGACAACAGCCAAUCAGGAUCCCCAAAAACUGAGUAGCUCUGUCCAUGUACCUACUUCUCCACAUCAUGCCCUCCAGCAGAAACGCAAGAGCAUUGCUGGUCGGCGGCGGUUCUCCCUGGUCCAGUCCGACUCUCUGCUGAUGCGGAUGCGCUCUGUGGCCAGUGAUGAGUUACAUCAUAUGAUGCAGAGACGGAUGAGUCAGGAGAAUCCCAUCAGGGCCAGUGAGACUGAAUUUGUCCAGAGAUUACAGCGACUUGUGAUACUGGCUGUCAACAGAUUUAUUUAUCAUGACACCAGUAAGGACUUCUUUGACCUGCUGAACCUCCCAGAGUCCCCUGAACACCACUUAACCCCAGCAGCACCAGGAGAGAACGUUACAGAGGAGAAUGGCUCCACCCCAACCUCUGCUUUCCCUCCGUCCAGCAUCAGAAGCUUCCAGAAAGACAUCCUCAAACUCAUGAUGGAAAGCAUCAAGAUCAGCCUGGGCAGUACAGGGCGUGGCGGGGCGCCGCGGCAGCAGUGGCGUCGUAUUCUGUGGUCCUGUCGGGAUACGUUCAGGGUUCAGAUUGGGCGUAUGCUGGUACAUACCCUAAGCCCUACACGUCCCCUGGAGGACAGGAAAGAGGCACUGGAGUUUGUGUCUGAGGUCAAGCAUCCCGAAAUUCUGAGAGAGAGCCUGAGUCCCGGACUGGAGCACGGCCCCAAACUGGCCCUGUACCUGUACGAGAUGUUGCAUGACCACAAAGACGGCCUCACUAAAGACGAGCAGUCAGCCGCCAACCAGUUUAUGACGACGCUGAAGCUGUGUGGUCAUCGCUGCAUCCCACCCAGCGCCCCACCCAAACCGGACCUCCUCAAAGCCAUCAAAGAGGAGCAGCUUAAGUACGAGUCCGAGGAAAAGACAAGCAAAGGAGCAUGGGAAAAGAAGAUGGCCAACACUCAGAGGAGUCUGAUGCAGAGGCUAGAUGGGAAAUCGAAGGAUAUCAGUAAGAUAGCAGCGGACAUCACCCAGAACGUGUCGCUGAGACAGGGCAUGGAGAGGAAGAAAGUGAUGCAACACAUCAGAGGCAUGUAUAAGACUGACCUGAGCGCCAGUCGGCAUUGGCAGGAAUUAGUCCAGCAACUCACUCAUGACAGGGCUGUGUGGUAUGACCAGGCUUCCUAUCCAACCUCAUGGCAAUUGGACCCUACAGAGGGUCCUAACCGCGAACGGCGACGUCUACAGCGAUGUUACCUCACCAUCCCCAAUAAAUACUUACUCAAAGACCGGAGGAAAAAUGAAGAAACAGUGAAACCACCGCUGUCCUUUCUCUUUGAGGAUAAAACUCACUCUUCUUUCUCUUCCACGGUGAAAGACAAAGCCACCAGUGAGCCUAUCAGGUUCACAAGAAGGUGUAUCAGUGUAGCGCCCUCUAGAGAGACAGCAGGGGAGCUGCUGCUAGGGAAAUCUGGGAUGUACUUUGUGGAGGAUAAUGCGGCUGAGGCCAGUGAUAACCAGAGCCCUCACGGGGAGACGGAGCCGGCGUCAUUCUCCUGGACGUAUGAGGAGAUAAAGGAGGUGCAUAAACGCUGGUGGCAGCUCAGAGACAAUGCUGUGGAGAUCUUCCUCACUAAUGGCAGGACUCUUCUCAUAGCCUUUGACAACACAAAGUUCCGUGAUGACGUGUACCAUAACAUCUUGACCUCUGACCUGCCUAACCUGUUGGAGUACGGAAACAUCACUGCACUGACCCAUCUGUGGGGUUCGGGUCAAAUUACCAACUUUGAAUACCUGACUCACCUCAACAAACACGCCGGCCGCUCCUUCAACGACCUCAUGCAGUAUCCCGUCUUCCCCUUCAUCCUCAGAGACUACACCAGCGAGACGCUGGACCUCCAGGAUUCCAGCGUCUACAGAAACCUGAGCAAACCCAUAGCAGUGCAGUCCAAAGAAAAGGAGGAUCGUUAUGUGGACAACUACAGGUAUCUGGAGGAGGAGUAUAAGAAGGGCGCUCGUGAGGAUGACCCCAUGCCCCCCGUGCAGCCCUACCAUUAUGGCUCUCACUACUCCAACAGUGGCACUGUCCUCCACUUCCUUGUCAGGAUGCCUCCCUUCACCAAGAUGUUCUUAGCUUACCAAGACCAGAGCUUUGACAUUCCUGAUCGGACGUUCCACUCUAUGAACACAACGUGGCGCCUGUCUUCCUACGAGUCCAUGACAGAUGUCAAAGAGCUCAUCCCAGAGUUUUUCUACCUGCCCGAAUUCCUGGUCAACAGAGAAGGUUUUGACUUCGGGGUUCGUCAGAACGGUGAACGGGUCAACCACGUGAACCUGCCGCCUUGGGCCCGGAACGACCCGCGCCUCUUCAUCCUGAUCCACAGGCAGGCUCUGGAGUCCGACCAGGUCUCCCAGACACUGUGCCAGUGGAUCGACCUGGUGUUUGGCCUCAAACAGAAGGGCAAGGCUGCGGUUCAAGCUAUUAACGUCUUUCACCCAGCGACCUACUUUGGCAUGGAUGUGUCUGCUGUAGAGGACCCUGUCCAACGCAGAGCUCUGGAGACAAUGAUCAAAACCUACGGCCAGACGCCCAGGCAGCUCUUCAAUGUCUCCCACAUCAGCAGGACUGGCCCCAGGCUCAUGAUGGAGGGGGAGCUGCCGGCAGCUAUGGGUCUCUUGGUGCAGCUGGCCUUCAGAGAGAACAGGGACCAGGCCAAAGAGAUAACUUACCCGAGUCCUCUGCCCUGGAUAAAGGGGUUGAAAUGGGGAGAGUACGUAGGCUCUCCCAGUGCCCCAGACCCUGUGGUGUGUUUCAGCCAGCCUCACGGAGAGAGAUUCGGGUCCCUCCUCGCUCUGCCUACACGAGCCAUCUGUGGCCUCUCCCGCAACUUCUGCCUUAUGAUGAUUUACAGCAAGGAGCAGGGGGUGAGGAGCAUGCACAGUACUGACAUUCAGUGGUCGGCCAUCCUGAGCUGGGGUUACGCAGACAACAUGCUUCGACUGAAGAGCAAACAGAGCGAGCCACCCAUUAACUUUAUCCAGUCUUCCCAGUUACACCAGGUGACCAGCUGUGCCUGGGUGCCGGAUGGUUGCCAGCUGUUCACUGGCAGUAAGUGUGGAGUCAUCACCGCCUACACCAACCGCUUCACCAGCACCACGCCCUCAGAGAUGGAGGUGGAGUCCCAGGUGCAUCUGUACGGCCACACGGCCGAGGUGACGGGAUUGUUUGUGUGUAAACCUUACAGCAUUCUGAUCAGUGUCAGUCAAGAUGGUACCUGCAUCAUUUGGGACCUCAACAGGCUAUGCUAUGUCCAAAGUCUAACUGGUCACAAAAGUCCUGUCAAUGCUGUAUCGGCUAGUGAGACUACUGGUGAUAUUGCUACUGUGUGUGAUUCAGUGGGCGGAGGCAGUGACUUGCGCUUAUGGACAGUCAACGGUGACCUGAUUGGUCAUGUCCACUGUAGAGAGAUUAUCUGCUCCGUGGCUUUCUCCAAUCAGUCAGAGGGUGUGUCAGUCAACGUGAUUGCUGGUGGUCUGGAGAAUGGCGUGGUCAGGCUUUGGAGCACAUGGGAUCUAAAACCAGUGAGAGAAAUAACGUUCCCUAAAUCCAACAAGCCCAUCAUCAGUCUAACAUUCUCAUGCGAUGGUCACCACCUUUACACGGCUAACAGUGAGGGAACCGUGAUAGCGUGGUGUCGACGAGACCAGCAACGCAUGAAACUGCCCAUGUUCUACUCCUUUCUCAGUAGCUACGCUGCAGGCUGAACCUCCUAAUUGUGUUUUCCCGUGAUCCAGCGCAUCAGAGACUCCUCCAGUGACCCUGCAGCCCUAAGAAGAGGAGGUUCCAGCAUGCACACAAACGCCAUGCCCCUUAACCAGACUGCCCCAAAGAUAUUUCCCUUGUACUGGGACCACAUUCACACAAGCAGACUGGGCCAGAGCAG